CAAAAGAUACAAAGAAGCGUGUUGUGAUGACGAUUCCAAGACGAGGCUACUCGUUAAAUAGACUAUUUUUAAUAUCAUUAUCAUAGUUGUUAUCAAUUUAGAUUUAAGAUUUAAAAUUCACUGUGGUGUUUUGUACAAAAUGGACGCUUUCCAACGCUUAGACAUCAUGCCUGAGGUUCUCAAAUUUGAAGAUUUGAAAACUGCACCCUUUGACCCCCGUUUCCCCAACACCAACCAAACUCGCUACUGCUACCAAAGCUACUUGGACUACCACCGUUGCCAAAAGCUCAGAGGCACGGACUACAAACCAUGCGACUACUUCAAGAAGGUUUUCCACUCAAUGUGCCCCAACGCCUGGAUCGAGAAAUGGGAUGAUCAAAGGGAAAACGGCACAUUCCCUGGCAAUAUCUAAACAUUUCUUGUCAGUAGAUAUAAUGUAGUUUACAUUCUUUUAUUAUUCAGUGUUAAACUGUGUAAAUAAUUUACGUUAAAUAAAUAAUAACCAGAA